CGACCGACUUCAUCUUUACGUCCGCUCACGUUAGACCGUAAAUAUACGUUAAGCAAUUACACAUUCACUCUUUACUUUCAAUGAAACCACCGUGUUAUCAUUAAUUUUACGUCAAAUGCGUGCGUGGUGUUUACUUUAAAUUGUGUUGAAGUGUAAUAAAUGGACUUUUUUAAUUUGCUGGCAGAUAUCAUAACGUCAUAUAUAAACGCUCAAAAGGGACCAGUGAUAAACAUAUGCCACUUGUAUGUAGAUAAGCGUUUACUGGAAAGGAAACAUAACAAUUGUGUGGAUAUUGUGGUUGUGAUUAAACUUAUUUUGAAUGGUAAAGCCGAUGUAACAAUAUAACACAUACAGCAUUUGAAAUCGCUGGCUUAACAUUAUUCCUGUGGCAUUCAUUACAUUGUGUUUGGAUUUUCAUAUCGUUAUCACAACGACAUAAUUUUAAACGAUCAAUGGAUACGGUCAUAUUCGUCGCGUUGCUGGUAAACGUGUGUAUGUGGAUGCCAAGAAGCAGCGCAUUACCCGUUUCCAAUGGAAACGGUAAAAAGGACAGCGUCGCCAAGAAAUGUGCCGCCAGUUCGUGCAACGCGAUGGAAAUCGGGUUAUGUAAUCAUGGGGGUACAUGCGUUAAAACAGAAGAUUGUGGAUUUAGCUGUAAAUGUGCAAAUGGGUUUAGCGGCUUUUUCUGUACGGCAACGGCAGAUGACGUCACUUCGACGCAAAAUCCGAAACAAACAACCAGCGUAUCAGAUAUAGCGAGGUCAGCGAAUGAAGUCACAACGACGCAAAAUCCGAAACUAACAACCAGCGUAUCCGAGAUUGCGACGUCAGCGAAGGAAAUUACCACGACGCAAAAUCCGAAACUAACAACCAGCGUAUCAGAUAUUACGAGGUCAACGAAUGACGUCACAACGACGCAAAAUCCAAAACAAACAACCAACGUAUCAGAGAUGAAGACGUCAGCAAAUGACGUCGCAACGACGCAAAAUCAGAACCAAACAACCAGCGUAUCAGAGAUUGCGACGUCAGCGGAUACAGUCAUAACGACGCCAAUUGUUAAACAAAAAACUAGCGUAUCAGAGAUUGCGACGUCAGCGAAAGAAGUCACAACGACGCAAAAUCAGAACCAAACAACCAGCUUAUCAGAGAUUGCGACGACAGCGGAUAAAGUCAUAACGACGCAGAAUCAGAAACUAACAAACGGCGUAUUAAAGAUUGCGACGUCAUCGAAUGACGUCGCAACGACACCGAUUUCGAAACAAACAGUCAGCGUAUCAGCGAUUACGACGUCAGCGACUGAAGGCACAACGACGCAAAAUAUGGAUCGAAAGAACAGCGUAUCAGAAAUUGCGACGUCAGCGACUGAAGUCACAACGAGGAAAAUUCUGAAUGAAAUAAACAGCGUAUCAGAGAUUCCGACGUCAGCCAAUGAAGUCACAACGAGGCAAAAUCUUAAUCAAAGUACUAGCGUACCGAAGAUUACGAACCAGCGCGCACCGUCAAGACAACGCCAAAGCCGAACCCAAUCCGGCUAAUAAGAAAACCUCUCCCUAUCCACAAACUUAAGCUGAAUACGUCGCAGAUGUGUUGUGCAAAACCAAAACACCAAUCUUGUGUUUAUUAUGUUCGUUUGUGUUUGAAUGACCCUAUAUCGGAUGAAUUACGAUGCAUGACCCGGCGUAAUGCGAAAAUGGAUCUUAUGCCAAAGGCGACCCGAGUAGCUCCAGUUCAGCCUGCACAUCCGCGGAGUCUGAUCAGGAGCUACCCUGUCCGCUUUGACGAUUUUAUGGCGGCCAGCGUAGCUCUUGACAAGACUUCGAAAUUGCGUUGGCUGGAAUUUGAGCUACAUUGGCCGCUUACGGUGAGAGACACAUUUUCGCGCGACGCGGGUAAAAUAUCAGUUGAUAUCUUUGUUCUUGUCGAAGUGACAUUUUUUUUAAAUAAUUUGAAUGACGAUUACGCGGAUUUUGUAAAGAAACUCCUCUGUGAUUUGAGAGGUACAGACAUUAAUCGUGCAAUGUUUGCAUAGGCUUUGACUCUUUGCAAUAUUAAAAAAUGGACUCAACGAUUAGAUACAAACAUCUUUGAAAAAAAUGUGUACUGUUUUGAAAUCCAAAAGUUUUUUUUUUUUUAAAGAUAGUGUUUGCAAGUGCAUGGUCUUCAUAGAUUGUGCUUUUUAUUUAUAAUCAUUACAUAUAAGUGUAUAAAGUAUUGCCUAGGUGUGGCUGUACCGUAUUGUUAUAAAUAAUAAAUAAACUGCUUUUUGAAGUUA